AAGGAACUGGAGAAGGAGGAGGAGGAAGAGCAAGACCAGGAGAAAGAACUGGAGAAGGAGGAGCAGGAGGAGCAAGAAGAAGAGCGGGAGAAUGAAGAGGAGGCAGACAAGAAAGAGGAGGAGGAAGAAGAGAAAUACAAAGAGCAGGAGAAGGAAUGGGAGCAGGAAGAAUACCAAGAAGAGGAGGAGGAGGAGAAGGAAAUGGAGGAGGAGAGGGGAGAGGAGCAGGAGAGGGAAAAAGAGGAGGAG